AUGCCUUUUAAUGUUUUAGAUGAUAUUGAUAGUCUGAACCAAUACGAUUGGGCAAAAGCUGUCCAUACAUAUUUAAUUAAUAGUUUAUCAAAGGAGGCAAUGAUUUUAAGACAACGUGACAUUAAGAACUCUAUUGGCAUUAGUGGCAAUACUGCAGUGUUACAGCUUUGGGCUGUUGAACGAUUGGGCUUAAUUGAUGGUGAACAUGAAAUUGUGUUCCCAAGAAUAUUGAAGUGGCCUUCGGUUAAGUUAAGGUCAAAAAAAAUAGAUGAAGUAUUUAAGAAAAACAAUAUAUGUUGGCAAUGGUUGUUGCGCACGGAGGACCAUGACAAUCCAGUGAUUCGUGCAGCACUUAAUUUGGAUGAAGGGUCAGUACCAGAACAUGAUGCAGAUGGCAGUGGUUUGAGUUGGGAAGAACUGAUGCAGAAAGCACAAGACAACCAAAGCAUAUUGGUUGAAAUGAAUAAGGAGCUAACUGAUUUGGGUCAUGUGGUUGCUGCUGUCAGGAAUAGAAGACAACAACAUUCAGAUUUUGGUCGAGCUGCUCAGAGUGAACCUGAUGUUGGUGGUGAACCUGAUGUUGGUGCUCGAGCUGAUGUUGGUGGUGAAACCGACGCUGAUGUGCAGGGUGUUGAGGACGUCCAGGACGUUCACGAUGUUGAGGACGUUGAGGACUUUGAGGAUGUUAACGAUGUUGGAGCUCCUCCUUUAGUCGUCGUUCCAGCAGUGCACCCGCAUCAAGAUGUCCCUUUAUUGCAAAUCAAUCCCAAACACUUGUACAACUUGGUUACUCCUUUUAGGGCUCCUUGGUGGGUUGUGUCUGAGAUCUGCGGUCAAGUGUUUGGGACCCGCGAGUGUUAUUUCUUAGGACCUCAGAAACAAGUGGACAACAUGGGGAUGCUUUUUGCAACAAGUGUCUUCAUGUUCUUUGAAAAGAGGUCCACAGGAGUAGUGAAAAGGAUAUGUUUGAGUCCNUUAUAUGCGACCCAAGUUCUACAAGACUCAAAGAAGAGAAAGUUGAAUCGUCAAGUUUGGACGUUGAAUGACUACGCCAACUUCUUCCAAGCCAAUAUAAUUGGGUUUGAUGACAUCGUUAAGGCUGAUUUGUUGUUUGCCCCCAUAAUCCAUGACAAGCAUUGGUGGUGCUACGCCGUGAAGAUUCCAACGAUGGAAAUGUUUGCAAUGGACUCAGUUGGCCAUAAUAGGAAAGAGCGUAAAAGGAUUGACACUGUAAUGGCCCAGAAUCUUGAAAUAUUUUUUGGCCAUUUGUUCAAUCGUUAUGAAGAAAACAANCUGUCCUUAGUUGUCCAACAUGUGCAUACUCCAAUCCAACCAAAUUCAUAUGAUUGUGGAGUAUAUGUUUUGAAAUUCAUGGAGUUGUGGGACGGUGUGCAGAGAUACGACGGCAAAACAAUNCCCAAUUACNGUAGUCAGGAGGAAUUGCAAGAGAUUAGGGAGAACUAUGUAUCUCAGUGGAUAUUGGAUCCUGACAAUGUGCGGCGAAAUCAAGUCUUGCAAUUUUUACAGUUAAUAUAUUAG